UGUUCAUUGAUAUUAGUCUACUUAAUAGAGUGAUAUGAGAUAGGUCAAUAUAAAUCAAUAGAAUUGAUAUUAGCCUGUCUAAUAUGCUGCGCUCUAUCGACGACGAGUACACCCCCAGCGUCUUCCAGGUGCUGUCCCUGCUGGCAGAGCCCCCCAACAGCAGCUCCCCGCUGCCCUUCCUGCAGUGGAAGGCUGUGGCCUACGGCUCGCGGAGCCCGCGGCGCGAGGACAGCAUCCAGUGCAGGGCCCAGGGGCUGUCCCUGGCCAACGGGAGCCUGCCCGGGGCCAGCGUGCUCCAGGCCUUCUUUGGGGACACCUGGCACAGCAGCUGCACCGUCAGCGCCCUCAAUGUGUCCUUUGGGGGAGAGGAGGGACAGGUGUACCAGGAGAGGAGGUACCUCAGCUGGUGAGU